CUACCUCCAGCUUAUCAUUUGAUACAUGUUCUUGUGACUGGUAUUCAUUUCAGUUUCCUGCUUCCUUAUUCCAUGACAUUCUGUACCCUACAGUAUAUAAGUUAGCGUAUAUCUACGGGUCUACUCGAAAGUCAACUUCUCGUGUGAACCGUCGAACGUUUAUCCAAACGCCACACUUUGGCAGCGCUUUCCUUCCCUGUAGUUGCGCUACAGACUAACUUGAGACUCCUUCUACCUCAUUCACUUGCGUGUUCUUUAAAUCCUUCAACAUAAUGAACCCAUGGCUACUUUGGAGCGCCUUGUCGCAUACCGCUAGGUUGUCGACGGCCUUACAGAUCUUGCUUUUCUUGCCAUUGACGCUAGCGACCCUUUCAACGCAAGCUUUUCUCUUGCUUUCACUUCUGCUCUCCAUCCACUCCCUCAUUCAUGGAACUCUCAUAUUACUCUGGGGAUCCAACGCCCUCUCCAUCAUGCAAGUGCCAAUGCAUCCCUUUCUCCUUCUCGUCACUUUCAAUGCCUUCUCGCAAUCUGCACAACCUUGGCUUGCCACUGCAGUCUAUUGGUGGGGAAAACUCCUCACAUUCUGCGGUCCUUCCUACGUGGCCAUGGAGGGUCUUUCUAGUCUACUGUUCGCGCAGAAAGCGGGCCAAAUAGGCAGAGGCAUUGCGGAUGAAGCAGAAAGUUACCAGUUCGUGAUUCUCAUCCUAACAGCAGCUGCUUUCGUUGCAGCUGCGUGGUGGGUCGUCAUCGCAUACCCUGCAGCUGCCGCAUCUCCUUUGUCGUCCACCUUGCUGGGUGUAGCAUUGACAGCAUUCCUGUUCCUCGUUCUUAUCGGUUUCCGCUUACGACGCACCAACGUUGUCGAGGCCGCUCUUCUCGCACUCUUUCUUGCAUAUAACGUGUGGCUCUGCGGGUUUGAUCAAACAUCGUUCUCCGACCCUGCUUCCUCCUAUGCCCCUCUGCUUUCAAAUAUCCUUCCACAUUUACAGACACUUGUAAACUUCAUCACGAAUACCCUCCCCAAGCCUGUACUCGUUGCGUUACUCUAUCGUCUUUCAAUAUUGCAAGUUGCAUCGCGUAUUUUACCUACGAUCGGUGCUGACAACUGGGAGUCGGACCAAGGAGAGAUUGAUGGACGACCGACCUCGAUUAUGACACGCAUCCUUCUAACAUAUAGACAGCUAAUCUUUAUCAUGGUAUACUCGCACCUUCUUCUUCUAGAUCCCUCUUCACAAGUCUGGUGGCGGUGGGCGAACAUCAUGUUUACUCUGUUCCUGUGGGCUGUGGAACUUGUGGUUAGCCCUGAUGGGGACGAUGAUUCGGCAAAGUGGAAGAUCGAUUAGUUCUGUUAUCCGACAUCCGGAGAACCGAAGCCCUAUGCCGUACUUAGACCAUCCUCAGCAUCACGCCAAUCUAGCUGCUAUUCGCCU